AUGAACAUGAUUGAUUUGAUUUACAAACUCGCUGCCACUUCCGACCUCCAUCUGUUCAAGCCGAAAGCUGCUGUGAGACCACCCCUCCACGAGAAUAUCUCCCGGUGUAACAAUUCCAUCGCCAUUGAAGAGCAACAGCCCUGCAAUCCUUGUCAAUCUCAGCAAACCUCCGCCCGAGACGUGAUCACUACCAACGAACACCGAGAGCCAUAG